UUGGCUGGACGAGACAUGGCCUGGUGGCCGAUUGGGGCUUCCUUGUUUGCCAGUUCAGAGGGCUCAGGCCUGUUCAUUGGCCUGGCCGGGACAGGAGCUGCUGGGGGUAUCGCUGUCGCAGGCUUUGAAUGGAACGCCACUUAUGUGUUGCUGGCUCUGGCCUGGCUGUUUGUUCCUGUGUACAUCUCCUCAGGGAUCGUAACCAUGCCUGAGUACCUGGGCCGCCGUUUUGGAGGAGAAAGGAUCAGAACCUACCUGGCAGUCCUCUCGCUGCUGUUGUCCAUCUUCACAAAAAUUUCAACUGACCUCUACUCAGGAGCCCUGUUCGUCCAAGUGUGUCUGGGAUGGAACCUCUACUUGUCCACUAUCCUCAUGCUGGUGGUCACUGCGCUCUACACAAUCGCUGGUGGUCUGGCUGCUGUGAUCUACACGGACACUCUGCAAACAUUAGUGAUGAUUGUGGGAGCAAUUAUCCUCACAAUCACUGCUUUUAACAAGAUUGGCGGCUACAAUAACUUGGAGCGUGUUUACAGCAUGGCAGUGCCAAGCAAGAUCAUUCCCAACAGUACCUGCCACUUGCCUCGUCAGGACGCAAUGCAUCUGUUCCGAGACGCCGUCACUGGAGACUUGCCCUGGCCUGGCAUGACUUUGGGGCUCACCAUCCUUGCCACCUGGUACUGGUGCACUGAUCAGGUGAUUGUCCAACGGUCUCUCGCUGCCAAAAACAUGAGCCACGUUAAGGGAGCAUCCAUCCUAGCAGCCUAUUUGAAGAUGCUGCCCUUCAUCUUCAUCAUCCUACCGGGCAUGAUCAGCCGCGCUCUCUAUCCAGACUCGGUCGGAUGCGUCGACCCAGAGGAGUGUGUGCGAGUGUGUGGAGCCGAGGUGGGAUGCUCCAACAUCGCCUUCCCCAAAUUGGUCAUUGAGCUCAUGCCAAGUGGCCUCCGUGGGCUCAUGAUAGCAGUGAUGAUGGCCGCUCUGAUGUCGUCACUGACAUCCAUUUUUAACAGCAGCUCCACACUGUUCACCAUGGACAUAUGGAAGAAACACAGACCACGAGCCUCAGAGAGAGAGCUGCUUCUGGUUGGCAGGAUUGUGACAGUGAUCCUGGUGGUGAUAAGCGUGGUUUGGAUCCCCAUCUUACAGUCUGCCAACAGUGGCCAGCUGUAUGUUUACAUUCAGUCCGUGACGAGCUACCUCGCCCCACCCGUCACAGCUGUCUUCACCCUGGCUGUCUUCUGGAAGAGGACCAACGAGCAGGGUGCAUUCUGGGGCCUGAUGGUGGGUUUGGUGGUGGGGGUAUGCAGGAUGGUGCUGGAGUUUGCCUUCCCGCCUGCCAGAUGCGGCGUCGUGGAUUCAGCACCUGCAGUCCUGCGCAGCGUCCAUUACCUUCAUUUUGCUAUCUUGCUCUGUGGGCUCACUGCUAUCGUGGUCAUCACUGUAUCGCUGCUGACACCUCCACCGGGUCAUGAGCAGGUAAGGAACCUGACCUGGUGGACUCUGACCGAGGAGCCUCCCAGAGAAAUCGCACUCCAGAAAGUGUCGUCUGUCAGCCGGCGUAGCUCUCCAGACUCUGAGCCAGCAGGUCAGAUGACUUGCGGUCAGGGCCUCCGAUUGUGCGUCUCAGCAGUUCAGAGCUCACAGCAGUCAUGUCCCAGGGUUCCAAGCGUCAGAGAGAGUGUGUUCUGGUCAAGGUUCUGCUGCAUGAACGCCCUCCUGCUGGUCAGUGUUAACAUUUUUCUCUACGCAUACUUCGCCUGAGCUGAGUCGACAUCCUGCCCCGCCCGAUCCUGCAGAGCAACAGCCAAUAUCUCAGACAGGAACCACAAACUAUGCCCCCCCUGCCAGAGAGGGGGAGGGUAAGCAAAGUCCUGUUUUUGUUCACUCAAGCCCUAUGAAGUGAGAGUUCAGCUUCCUUAAAACAUGUGCUAUCCUCAUGCGUUUUAUUUGAAUAAAUUAUCAAAAAGAGUGCAUUCUUAAUCAAAAGUGUGACUAUUUGUCAAAAAUUGUCAAAUUGACCCAACAUUGCAACAGUGUGCCAACAAUGGUAUUGCUAUCAAUUCUGAUAUAGCAGUAACUUUUUUCUUUAUAGAUGAAUUGUUCAAUAGUGAGUUUACAGUUUAAUUUUAGUUACUAUUUGUAUUUGAAUCUGAUUUAUUUCUUUAAAACUACUUAUAAGGUACAUACUGUAUACUGUAUACAGUAAUCCGAAUCAAGCAGAUGAUUCUGGUGGCAUACACUGGUGUGUUUUUAUGUUUUACUUGUAUGUAUAGUACAACAAUUAAUAAUUAAACCUACUCUGUUAGCUUUUAAAUUUUGGGGUAAAUACGCCAAACUAUGUUAAAAUGUGAAGAAAUUGAAGUUAGUGUUGCACGUGUUAAAAAUGUCAUUACUCCAACAAAUGUCAUGUGAGAUUUUGUUUGAAUUUUAAUGUUUUUAUCAUCUUAUUGAAGAUUUGUAUGUGCU